AUGGAGAAUUUGCACCACCGAAAGAUUGUACCUUCUCCUCUAUGCCCCCUCUGCAAGCAGGAAGUAGAAAUGCUCGAGCACACACUUCUUCUCUACCCAUGGACCGCCAAGGUCUGGAACUCAGCCCCCCUGCAUCUACAGAUCUCAAGAUUCGGCCUUACCCGGUUCGAAGACUGGAUCUGCAGCAUACAACAGAAUCCAGUUACCUCGGGCAAAUUUAAUCACAUAGCGGUGGUGUUAUGGAGCAUUUGGAAGGAGCGAAAUCAGUUCAUUUUCAGCCAUCAAAACCCGAGGCCGCAAUCAACAAUCGCUAGAGCAGAGGCGUUCACAGAAAGUUACAGAGCUAUAAACGGUAAAUCGAAAAGCAAGAAGGAAACUGAACACUUAUCUGAAACGUGGCUUCCACCUCCUCCAGGCUUCGUGGUGGACGGAUUUGCGAAGCCAGUCGAUGCGGCUUUGGCUUCUCAAGCGGAGGCGAUCGCAAUGGACGAAACCCUAAAGUUCAUCGAAAGCCGACGCUUUCUCUCUCCACAAGUACACUCUGACUGUUUAUCUCUGGUGCACACGUUAAAGUCUUCGACUGAACUCAACUGGGAACUGCAACCAAUUGAUCGUUCCUGGGCCGCUGAGGCCCGUCAUAGGACUAUUUUGGGCCAGAGAACGGGCCGAACGUUCUCCAUCCAGAUUGUUUACGGUUUCCAGAGUGGGAGCAUGAGCAUGAGCAUGCUGUUUCUUUCCAGCGUGCAGGCACCAUGCCCGCCCCGCUCUCCCUCCGCGCCUCUCCCUCUCCUCUCCCUCUCCUCGCCCCCUCCCCCGCGGUGCCUCCCCCUUCGCCCCUGCUCCCUCAGAUGCUCCGCCGAGAAGAACGACUCCUCCUCCUCCUCCUCCUCCUCCUCCGCCGAAGGCCCGAAACCCGGCGGCCCGAAUCCCAGCUCCUGGGUCAGCCCCGACUGGCUCACCUCCCUCGCCCGCUCGCUGGCCGCUGGCGCCGGCGACGGCUCCGGGAUCCCCGUCGCCAGCGCCAAGCUCGACGACGUGUCCGACCUCCUCGGCGGCGCCCUGUUCCUGCCGCUCUUCAAGUGGAUGAAGGAGUACGGACCCAUCUACCGCCUCGCGGCGGGUCCCAGGAACUUCGUGGUGGUCAGCGACCCCGCGAUCGCGAAGCACGUGCUGAGGAAUUACGGGAAGUAUGCCAAGGGCUUGGUCGCGGAGGUGUCGGAGUUCCUGUUCGGGUCGGGUUUUGCCAUCGCCGAAGGCCCGCUUUGGACGGCAAGGCGCAGAGCUGUUGUUCCAUCUCUUCACAAGAAGUACUUGUCUGUGAUGGUAGAUAGGGUCUUUUGCAGAUGUGCGGAGAGAUUAGUGGAGAAGCUCCAAGCAGCUGCAUUAGAUGGCACUGCUGUAAAUAUGGAGGAAAACUUUUCUCAACUGACUCUUGAUGCAAUUGGUCUCUCUGUGUUCAACUACAAUUUUGAUUCACUAACUGCUGACAGCCCAGUUAUCGAUGCAGUUUACACUGCUUUGAAAGAGGCAGAAGCUCGCUCAACUGAUUUGCUACCUUAUUGGAAGGUGAACUUCCUCUGUAAAAUAGUGCCAAGACAAAUAAAAGCAGAAAAAGCUGUUGCUGUAAUUCAGAAAACUGUGGAAGAGCUUAUUGCAAAGUGCAAAGAGAUAGUAGAGUCAGAAGGUGAAAGAAUUGAUCAAGAGGAAUAUGUGAAUGACGCGGAUCCAAGCAUCCUUCGCUUUUUACUUGCUAGCAGAGAAGAGGUUUCAAGCCUGCAAUUGCGAGACGACCUUUUGUCAAUGUUAGUUGCUGGCCAUGAGACUACUGCUUCGGUUCUGACUUGGACACUGUAUCUUCUAAGUAAGGAUGACUCCUCGCUGAAGAAAGCUCAGGAAGAAGUGGACAGAGUCUUACAAGGAAGGCCUCCUACAUAUGAAGACAUAAAGAAACUAAAGUUCUUGACAUGUUGCAUAAACGAGUCAUUGCGCUUGUAUCCACAUCCUCCUGUUUUGAUAAGAAGAGCAAUGGUUUCUGAUGUCCUUCCAGGGAAUUACAAGGUUGAUCCGGGCCAAGAUAUAAUGAUAUCCGUUUAUAACAUCCAUCACUCUCCACAGGUCUGGGAGAGAGCAGAGGAGUUUGUGCCAGAGAGAUUUUACACGGAAGGUCCACUGCCUAACGAAACUAAUACCGAUUUCAGAUUUAUACCAUUUAGUGGAGGACCACGUAAAUGUGUUGGGGACCAGUUUGCGAUGCUAGAAUCUAUAGUUGCUCUAGCAGUCUUCCUGGAGCGCAUGAACUUUGUGCUGGUUCCCGAUCAGAAGAUCAGCAUGACUACUGGAGCGACAAUCCAUACGACAAAUGGCUUGUACAUGAGAGUCAGCCGACGGCAAACUGCACAAGCCUUAGCUUCAUCUUCCUCCAGGUGAGCUGCAAUGUACAGCACAUACACAUGCCUAAAUUUAUGCGCCGCCUUGACAAUAUCUUCUUUCAAGCUUCUGAUUCUUUUACUUUUUGAAAGAAAUGCCUGAUUCAUCUUCGCUAGAGAAUAUGAACAUGAUCUCUAUGUAAAGUUAAAUAGGUCUGGGGGAGCUCGUAAAAUGCAAGAAUUCUAUCUCCAAUAUAAGCAGCUUCAAUCCCA